CUUAGACCGCUUUUCUGAAUCUUCCACUGGCGGCCUAAUUCUUCCAUUCGGCCCCAGGAAUUGAUGACCUUUCCAUAAGGAGAAGCGCUUGCACAUACAGGGGCCAAAAUGGGCCUGGCUCGCUUCAUUCCAAGCUGCCCGGGGUGGGAUCCGCCUCAUAUCGUAACAGUCCUGGAUAGCGGCUCGGGCAUCUGGGAUGUAGAAAUUGCAAUAAACAAGCUAGCCCACGUUGCAACAGUACAGGCCAGGGGGACGAAACACAAGGUCCAAAGACGGCGUAAACAAGGACUGGGCAGUGCAGACGAUAUUCAGCGAAAUGAAUAAUUAACAAAGCGUAGUACGGCUGCCCCUUUGCCUCUGAGUGCAAUGGGCUUUUAUGUACAACACGC